GAGCCGGGAGCAUCUUGGGGAAGGGCCUGUCUCCAUCUGUGUGUCCCGGUGGAAAAACGGUCACGGUGGGGAGUCACUGUCAUUAUUCAUUGAACUCAAGUGCUCCUAUUUUGGGUUUUCUCGUUCGGAUUUCUGCGUGAGCGAGUGAGGAAGAACUGGACACCCAGGCGGUGCCCUGCGGCUCGGGGCGGGGCCAGCCGCGGUCGCGUGUCCGCAGCCACCUCAGCCCUCCUCCCGCCACAUCCUCCAGGAAAGGCUGCUCAGGCCUUCCAUUGAGGAGACAAGGACCCGCUGCUCUGGGGCCAGACACACGAGUAAGUCGUGAGCCCCUGUGUGAAGGGAUAAGGCGUCGACCCUGACGCGCGUGAGAACCCUCUUCACGGCAGACUCCGAGGCCCAGUUAUGAGAGCGUAGCGGCGCACCACCGCCGGGUCUCUCGGAGAGGGCGCGCCCGCUGGCCAGAGGACCAAUCAGUGCACGGCAGGCUCGCAGGCCGCGCCCCCCAACCCAGGGGCCACUCAGGCGCCGGCCGCAGGCGUUGCCUGCUCUUCGACUGGGCGAGCUUCCUGCCAAUCAGGGCGGAACCAGCGCGGCGUCGGCCAGUAGCGGGAGGCGGUCGGGUCAGGCCCCAGCUGGGCGCGAGCGGGUCGGCGUUGAGGGAGCCACCGCCCUCCCGCCUGCGCACUGCCUCUCGCCCCCCUCCGGCCAGCCCGCAGCCGGCCGCGUCAUGCCAGGCGCUGCUCGGCGGUAGGGAGUGCCCGGGGCCGCCGCCUCCGCCCGCCCGAAGCCGCGCCCACUGCCCAGAGCCAGAGGGAUGGUGGUAGUCACGGGGCGGGAGCCAGACAGCCGUCGCCAGGACGGUGCCAUGUCCAGCUCCGACGCCGAAGACGACUUUCUGGAGCCGGCCACGCCGACGGCCACGCAGGCGGGGCACGCGCUGCCCCUGCUGCCACAGGAGUUUCCUGAGGUUGUUCCCCUUAACAUCGGAGGGGCUCACUUCACUACACGCCUGUCCACACUGCGGUGCUACGAAGACACCAUGUUGGCAGCCAUGUUCAGCGGGCGGCACUACAUCCCCACGGACUCCGAGGGCCGGUACUUCAUCGACAGAGAUGGCACACACUUUGGAGAUGUGCUGAAUUUCCUGCGCUCAGGGGACCUCCCACCCAGGGAGCGUGUUCGGGCUGUGUACAAAGAGGCCCAGUACUAUGCCAUCGGGCCCCUCCUGGAGCAGCUGGAGAACAUGCAGCCACUGAAGGGCGAGAAGACCACUUGGAGCGGAUUGUGGAGAUCGCCCGGCUGCGUGCGGUCCAGCGGAAGGCCCGCUUUGCCAAGCUCAAGGUCUGUGUCUUCAAGGAGGAGAUGCCCAUCACCCCCUAUGAGUGUCCGCUCCUCAACUCCCUGCGCUUUGAGCGGAGUGAGAGUGACGGGCAGCUUUUUGAGCACCACUGUGAAGUGGAUGUGUCUUUUGGGCCCUGGGAGGCUGUGGCUGAUGUUUAUGACCUGCUGCACUGCCUGGUCACGGACCUCUCGGCCCAGGGUCUCACCGUGGACCACCAGUGCAUCGGGGUGUGUGACAAGCACCUCGUGAACCACUACUACUGCAAGCGCCCCAUCUAUGAGUUCAAGAUCACAUGGUGGUGAGUAGCCCCGGUAGGCGACAGUCCCAUCAGGGAGGAUGUCCACCCUGCUCGGUGGCUCUGGGAGUAAGAUCCCUGAAGGGGCUGCUGACUGCCCCAGAAUCUGCCGAGGUGAGAACAGCAUCCUGAGGCACAGCUCCCAGGGGACAGGUGUAGUUCCAAUCUCCCUGACUGCACCUCAGGGUUGGGCUCAGGGCUUGCGGCCUGCAGGCACUCCAGCCAGCGCUCACCUGGCCUUUCCUCAAGGCAUGGUAGUCUUUCCUUGAGGCUGAUAGCUAGGGCUUGACCAGGAAGUCCCGGGAAGUUUUGUCACCUUCUUGACCUUGCAAGAGAGUUUCUGCCCAUUUUAGAGCCACGUUACCAAAUCGAUGUAGGCCUAAUCACUUCCUCAACCCUGUUCAAGCGUCCCUCCCUUGUGCUCAGUAUAUUGGUGUGAACACGGAACAUGAUGGGGGAUUUACCUGACCAGCCACCCCAUAGCCCCUGGCUGAAGAAGAAAGAGCAUCUUCUCUCCCACUGCACCCCUUCUCCUCCAAGAAUAGUUGCCCACAUUCCCAAAAUGUGGAAAGACUUUUCUUUUCCUUCCGGAACAUGUUCUUCACCACCUUUUGGAGAUUUAACCAUAGCUGCCAAAGCUAUGCACCCAGUUGGCCUUAGAAAACCACAAUGUUUACAGCCCUGUCUUAGGGCCGCGGCUUCUCCUAUCUUCCACCACCUUCCUUGCUUGCAGGGUUAUCUUCUCACAGGGCUGGAAUGCAAAUUUCAGAGGCAUCUUUUGAAGAUUCCCCAAGUCAAGCAGGCAAGAUGCCUAGAUCUUCUGUUAUCUUUGACAUGUAACAUCCUUUUUAGAGGCUCAGAACACCUCCUUGGCUGCUGUCUCAUGUGUUAGAAUCCAGUUUGUGGUGAACCUCUUUGGAAGGGGACCCCCUCUCUUUAAACCCUGUUGCUCUGUCCUGGUAACAUUCUCCUUCUAGGAGAGCAUCUCUUCUGAGAAGGUAAAGGAAGGGCUGGGUGAGACACACAGCUAUCCUAGGAGCCGUAGGAAGACAAAACUUCCCUUUUGUUUUACUCCUUACUCCUCUGUUUUUGUUUUACUCACUUCUUUAUAUUUUGUUUUACUCCUCCUGUAUAUUUUGGUUUACUUACUCCUCUAUUUCAGAAAUUGAAAAAGAUCCCCAAGGAUCUGUUACUACUGCAUUUCCUUCUUGCUCUGUCUACAGCCUGGGCCAACUAGUCAGGGUCUGGACAUGCAUCUCCUAAAGGAAGAACUGUGUAGCACCAUUGAUCACAAUGUAACAUUUCCAUGCUGCAUUAAGGGUGUCUCUCUCUAAUCAUGAUUGUACCUGUCUCUUCCUGGGUAAAGGGAGAUUUUUUUUUUUUAAUGUGUAAAGAAUUGAUGCGAGCCAGGAACAUGUCUGUAGUCCCAGCUACUUGGGCACACGCCUGUAGUCCAGGCCACUCGAGCACACACCUGUAGUACCAGCUACUCUGGAGGCUGAGGCAGGAGGAUCACUUGAGCCCAGGAGAUUAAGACUGUAGUAUACUAUGAUCGUGCCUAUGGCUAGCCACUGUGCUCCAGCCUGGGCAACACCAUCGUAAAAAUAAAUAAAUAAAUAAAUAAAUUGGGGAGGACAGCCUCACUGGUAUCAGACUUACAGGACCAGAUAGACAAGAUGGGUAUAAGGGGAGCUGAAGUCUGUGUUCAUAUGAGGAAGAGAAGACCAAGCCCUGGGACUUUGGCUGAAUUCCUCCGUGGGGCUGGACGGCAGUGAUCUCCUGUUCCCUAUGUGUAAACAAAGAUUCCAGGGCAUGGUUUUGCACUCCUGUUGUACUCUUUUAGAGGUGGAAAAGAGGUGGAUACUGAGAUCUAAGAGGAAAGGAUAGUCAUUCAUGUUCUGAGAUAUGCGCUCUCUCUAUUGUUCUCAUACACAAAGGGAUAGUCUCUUUUCUGGAGCUGAUGUCCCUGCUUGGAGGUUAGCCCCAAAACAUGGCUCUUGUAUUGUUCUAAGAGAAAAGUCUUUCAUUUUGGUUCUUCUGAUUGGUGUUACCUACUGCCUAAUAUGUGUUCAUUUUUUGACAGAGAGGCAGACUAUUGAAAAAGUCUGUGUGAACAGAGAGCAGUUCAUUAAGCCCAUUGCUUUCAGUAAUGUGGCCUUGACCCCUUCUGCUUCCCCCUUCUCCCAUGGAGCAUGGCAGGGCUUGGUUAUUUAGAGUCCAUACAUGCAAGCCAUUGAGAGACUUGUUUGCUCAAAUGCAAGUUUGCUCAAAAACAGGUCCUGAAGGCUUGCUUAGGAUUACAGGGAUGCUGGGUAAGAACACCGUUCCUGUGUCUCUCGCUGGAGAAAUCCCUGUUUCUCUGACUCCCUUUGUGAUCCUCACAGAAAUGUAUUCUGUGCCAUUGUAGGACACAAGGCUCUGGGCCAGUAGAACAGGCAGAGAGGUGACCCUGGGCAGCAAGCUGAGAGCUCUUUCUAAAUGGAGUGAAGGAAUUCAGUGGCCUAGUUUCGCCAUUCUCUAAUGAGAAACCAAGGCCAGGCUAAAAAGUGCAAUUAGAUGUGGUGGAUUGUGGUAACGGCCUCCAGAUAAAGGGGUUAUCCCUGUGGAAGUGACUUUUCCCCAUUUGAUCCCUUUUCAACUCUAAAUGGCCAGGCCCAGAGCAGAAGAAGGGUUGGGUCUGGAAGGAAGGCUCCAAAGGAUGAAAGCUUCUCCCUGAUCAUAAGGAAGUGCAUCUUUAUAGAAUUGUUGUGCGUAAUGUCAGUAAAUCCCUCUCACUUGACAAGGGACUGGAUUCAUCUUGCCUUGAGACGGGCCAGUAGUUAUCAGUGAGUCAAAGCAAAGUGAAAGUUUCAGGAGAUGGGACCAAUGGUGCAAUGCUCGCCAUAACAAAAUUCCUUAAAAAUAAAAAAGCUAAUGUUAUAGCAACAAAAAAAGACUGAAGCAAAACCACACUGAAAUACAUCCCACUCCAGGAGAGGAAUUCUUAGCAUAACACUCUAAAUAAAUGGAAGGAAUCAUCACCUUCCUUAUUUUACCUCUGCCUUGUUCACCAGGCUGCCCAGUGCUUACCAUGCAGGAAGCAGUCAGCUGUACUCUGGAAGUUUCUGUUCUUCUUUCCUGGGGCUUAGGAUAUUCUGGGAGCUGUCUGAGCCUUGUGCCUAAGGCUUAUCAGAUGAUAUAAUCUUCCUGUUCUGGGCUGCUUGCUGGAGGAAUAGGAAGUGACAUUUAUAAGACACAGGCGGUGUGAGCAUCCAUGUGUGGUCUUGGUCUAAACCAGCUCUUGAACAGGUUAAAGCAAACAGCAAUAACAAAACAAAAACUACCGAUGCUGAGCGUUUUGAUCCUAGUAAUAUUUCAAAUAUUGUCCUUCUGCAUAUGUUCUAUCCAUAUUUGAUUCCAAUAUACAUUAUUAAGCUUUCUUGGGUACUAUUUUGCUGGGGCUCUUGCGUGAAGGUGGUGCCUGUCUCAUGAUCCUUAAAAGAGAGAGGCUUUUUUCAUCCAAAGCUGGAGUGUUGGGAACUGGGGUGGGAGAGGCACUUUUUGGAAUUCUGAAAGAAUCAUUUCUGUGUAUAUACAUAUUGAGUGGGGAAGGAUGGGGGUUGGCAGGGGUUGAGGGAGGUGGGAACAAACAGUGAGUAUGGGAACAGGCAGUCACCUCGAGUGUGGGAGGUCACCUGGGUCCGUCGUCUUCCUUCUGUAUGGUGUUGGGUUUAUGUACACACUAUAACACUUCCUGUGUGAGUUCAUGUACCUGUCUGUGAGUGCUUUGGUGUAUUGAGCCUCAGUACACUCCAAGGGCAUUAAAGUCAAGAACUAGAA